CAUACAGCGUGCGUCAGAAAAACUGCACGGAGGAAACAGAUGUGUGAAUAUUAGUGGCGGGCGAAAUAUUUCAGGCUUGUAAAUGGGAGAAUCCCAUGUGGAGAAUGGGGAGACGACUGCAGUUCCAAUGCAAUGGACGCUCCAUGGAAUGGUGUUACGUGCUGCAUCACAACAUGAACACAAAAACGCAGUGUGUUAUCACAACAUUGAACAGCCUCCAUCGUUCCUCACAUACAAGGCGGUGAUCUGCCUGGCAGAUGAAUUAACAGGCUUCCUGAAAUCCCACAGAGCGCCUGCGAAAAACUCUAACGUUGGCAUUUACUGCUCACCAGGAAUACACUUGCCAUCAUGGAUUAUUGGCAUUCUCCAGGUCCCAGCUGCUUACUGUCCUUUGGAUCCAGGCAAUCCAUCUCAUUUAACCUCUUCACUUAUGGAAAGGAUUGGCAUGAAAUUUAUGCUGGUUGAAAAUAACAAAGCAGAGUCAUUCCAGCUGAUGUUUAGCGGCUGGACUCAACAUGACUCUUCUUCAGUACGACAUCUUGAUGUAACUCUUUUUGAAAAGCUCAUGGACGAUGAAGCCAACAUCUCACAUAAAAGGGAUCAACCCAACGCUCUUGUAAACUUAAAUGUGAAGCAGACAUCCAGUAAUGAGGAACAUGUAGCACCGAGCCAGAUCUCCGGUGAAUGCAUUGAUGUGCAAGAUGGACAUUGCUUAGCCUAUAUACUCCAUACCUCUGGGACAACAGGGGCGCCUAAAAUUGUCAGUGUGCCUCAUAGGUGCAUAGUGCCAAAUAUUCACCAUCUUCGAUCCAUAUUUGACAUGUCUCCGGCUGAUCUCCUCUUCCUGGCAUCACCUCUGACCUUUGACCCAUCUGUUAUAGAGAUGUUCCUUGCGCUUUCCAGUGGGGCCUGCCUUCUCAUUGUGCCAGACACUAUUAAAAUCAUGCCACCCAAGUUAUGUGACGUGUUUCAGCAGCAUUGUGUGACAGUGAUGCAGGUAACACCAACUUUCUUGAGAAGAUUUGGGUCUCAUUCCAUUAGGUCGUCUGUGUUGUCUAGAGAUACGUCGCUAAGGGUUUUGGCUCUAGGUGGAGAGCCAUUUCCAGCCAUUUCUGUUAUAAGAAGAUGGAGACAACCAGGGAACAAGACUCGCAUAUUUAAUCUGUAUGGCAUAACGGAAGUGUCCAGCUGGGCGACUUACUACGAGAUUCCAGAGGAAAUUCUUAUUUCUGUGACUGGGCAUGAACCUCUUGUUCCCUUGGGACAUCCGCUGUAUGGGACGACAGUUGAAGUGCAGAAUGAUCAAGGCUGUACAAUUCAUGAAGGGGAAGGACAAGUACUUCUAGGUGGAAGAGAACGCAUUUGUUUUAUAGAUGAAGAAGUGAAGUUGCCAUUUGGAACAAUGAGAAAGACUGGUGACUGGGUGACAAUAAAGGAUGGGGACAUAUUUUUCUUGGGACGGAAAGAUAAUCAGAUCAAGCGUCACGGAAAACGUCUGAGUUUGGAAUAUGUUCAACAGGUAGUAGAAAGUCUUGACCAUGUGGAAACGUGUGCAAUAUCAUGGUUUGAAGCCAGACAGCUAAUCAUUUUUGUCAUAUCCAAAGGACUUGUAGAGGAGAGAUCACUUUGGAAGGACCUUCGAGCACACCUGCUGAGCUAUGCCGUGCCUGAUAACCUGGUUCUGAUAGAUUCAUUACCUCUUACUAAACAUGGUAAAAUAGACAAUACGCAACUAAAUCUAAUUUACAGUGAAAAGAAAAGGAAGACAACUUACGUGGUACAAGGGGGCGAUAAUUUGUGGGAAAAAUUGCAGACAAUAUGGAAGUCUGUGCUGGGACUUUCAGAGGAUUCUCCUGCUGUUGCAAAAGAGUCUGUGUUUCUUCUCAGUGGUGGGGACUCCUUAACAGCCAUGAGAUUCCAGGAGGAGGUUGAUACUUUGCUUGGGAAUCCUGUACCCGGACUUCUUGAAGUUAUUCUCAGCAACAAUAUAAUGGCUAUUCACAGACACAUUUCCAAAUAUGUUGAAAAAUUGGACAUUACGGAUACCAUGGCAAUCACAAAAAAUCCUAAGGAUACCAUCACUGUAUACAAAACCGAAAACGGUUCAGGUAAAAGAAAAGGUCUAUUUUUGACAGAACCAGAAGAAGACGUGAAUUCCUUUAUCUCUCUGAGUAAAGGAAACCGGUUAUUUGUAAAUGUGCAUUUACCUUCUGAGUGUCCUGCUCAGAUAUGUCACUGGCUAAACGGAUCACACAAAGUAAAGGAAUUGUUAAAACCAGACUCUGAAUGGAAAAGGCCAAAAAAUACCCAAAGUAUUGCAAAUAACCAUCGGUCACUGAACUCUAAUAUGUCAGAGACUCAUAUGUUGGGCAAUGCCCUGGAAAGUCCUCUUUGUACACAGAUCCUAUCUAUGAACUUAAGGUGGGAAUCUGAUACAAGCAAGUGUGUGGACGCAUCUCCUCUUCUUGUAAAACCAGCCAGCGUGAGCUCCCCUGUGACUGUAUACAUCGGGUCUCAUUCACACAGAGUGCAGGCCCUUGAUCUUCUGUCUGGGCAAGUGGUCUGGGAAAGAGUCCUAGGAGAUCGAAUUGAGUCUUCUGCUUCUCUGUCAAAGUGUGGGAACUUUGUCCUAAUAGGCUGCUAUGAUGGAUCACUAUACUCAUUAAAUAGGCACGACGGGGAAACACAUUGGAUUUUCACCACUGAGGAUGCCAUCAAAAGUUCACCCACUGUUGACCCUUUAUCAGGUCUAACAUAUGUUGGGUCCCAUGACCAUCAUUUAUAUGCCUUGGAUAUUGACGCAAAGCAGUGUAUCUGGAAGUCUUACUGUGGAGGAGGCGCUGUAUUUUCAUCCCCUUGCAUAAGCUCAACGCCAUACCAUGUAUAUGCUGCUACCCUUGGUGGGCUAUUAAUGGCUGUUAACCCAGCUACAGGGGACAGCAUUUGGACAUUUGUCUGUGGAAAGCCAUUGUUUGCAUCCCCUCAGUGCAACCAGGACCACGUGUUUAUCGGCUGUGUGGAUGAAAGCUUCUAUUGUCUCAGUCAUGCAGGAGAGAAGGUUUGGAAUGUUCGUACCAGUGGACCAAUUUUUUCAUCUGCCUGUUUGUCAGCACUGAAGCCGUGCGUACCGUGAUGGAGCACUGAAGCAGAGGCCUGUAGAAACAGACCCUACACUCCUACUACAGGAGCACUG